UAAUGAUGACAUUUAUGCACCUCAAGUUUCGAGUGUAGAGAAGCGGAACAGUAUGGAGAUCGGCGAAGGGGACGAAGGCGAAGGCGUAUACGUGAACGUGUCUCCGGACGGCAGUGUGCGUGUGCGUGUGCGUGCACUGCCACUACCACCGCAAGUAGGAGCUGUUAUCGACGAAUACAGCGAUAAACUCAGACGCCUGGGUGCCGGAGCUGUGGAUGAUUUAGGACACGAGAGCAGCAGUGGCAGUGAAUGGCGCCAACGCCUGUACGACCGGUUACAACGGGCCUUCCUGUCCGCAAGCCAGGGCAAACAGAGGGCCACCACACAACAGGACACUCCCAACACAGACACCGAGGAGACUAAUGAAAGCGGGUGGGAGGCCUUCCAGGUGGAUGAGCCGAUCAGACAGGUGUAUGCGAUGUGUGCUCGGAAUUUGUGGGCGUUUGGGCCGAAGAAUUGUGGACCGAAUGUGCUGGUAAAUGGCAUACCGUGGUAUAGCAGAGAUGGCAGCGCGGCAGGAGGUGAGGAUGAAGAAUUGGAGGUGAAGCGCGGCAUAGUUGCCAAACUAGACAGCUCUAUCGUUAAUGGGUUCCAAAACGCGACCGCCAAUGGACCCUUAUGUGAAGAGCCGAUGCGAUGUGUGCUGUUUGUGGUGGAGAAUAUCUGGAUGUCCCCCGCUCUUCUCGACAGAGCGCGCACGGGAGAAAAGCCAAAGGGAAGGGGUGAAGGUGCAGACAAUGAUUUUACACCUAUGCAUUGCACAGGAGAGCUAAGCGAUGCCUUGGAGAGUACCGCCAGCGACAAUGGGGCGAAUUUGGACCCCAAAACACUCAGCAAGGGCAGUUCACUAGGAGCUGUAAUAGGUCAGAUGGUAUCGGUUGUCAAGGAAACGUGCCGGAAGGCAUUUAUUGCCAGCCACCCGAGACUGAUGUAUGCACAGUACGCAUGCGAUAUACAAGCGCCGGCUGAAGUGCUGGGCAAAGUAUACGCAGUCGUAUCGAAACGAGAAGGGGUGGUCUUAUCCGAGAACAUGAAGGAAGGGUCUGAUAUAUUCACUAUCAAGUGUCUGUUGCCUGUGAGGAAUUCUUUUGGGUUUGCAGACGAGAUCAGAAAACGUACCAGUGGUGCUGCUUUCCCACAAUUAGUUUUCAGUCAUUGGGAGACCAUCCCUGUAAAUCCGUUCUGGAUCCCUACAACGGUGGAAGAGUUACUGCACUAUGGAGAAAUCGCAGACACGGUGAAUCUGGCAAUGAAGCUGAUGAACGACGUCAGAAAGAGAAAGGGGUUACGGGUGAAGGAGAAAUUAGUAGAACACGGUGAAAAGCAAAGAACACUGGGACGAAAUAAGUAAAUAAAUAAACUAAUACGGCGACUAUGCAGAUCGCAGCCGUGGUAAAUAAUUAGAUACACG